AUGAAAGCACCAGGAAAUGAUGAAGUAACAGCUGACCUUCUGAAGGCUGGAGGAAAACCAGUUAUUCGCUGGCUCUACGAAAUAUUUGUUGACAUAUGGAAGAGUGAACUGAUGAUGCAAGAUUGGAGCUUAGCUAUUCUUAUUAGCUUAUACAAAAAAGGAGAAAAACAAAUGUGUGACAAUUAUAGAGGAAUUUCACUGUUGAAUGUAACAAGUAAAAUAUUUUCUCGUAUUAUAUUGAAUCGUAUUCAAAAUAUGAUCGAUUAUCAACUCUUAGAAGCACAAUCUGGUUUUCGAACACAGAGAUCAACUGUUGACCAAAUACACAUAUUGAAAAUCACAAUGAAGAAACGUAGGGAAUUCAACAAAUCAUUAUUCAUGUGUUUCAUUGAUCUCACAAAGGCUUAUGACUCCGUCAAUCGUGAUCUUCUGUGGAGAGUCUGUCGCAAGUAUGGCAUAUCAGAGAAAUUUGUUAAUCUAUUGAAAAUGCUCUAUAAGAACUCAAAGGCAAAAGUGAGAAUUGAAGGUGAAUUAUCGGAUAGUUUCUUAAUUGAAACUGGAGUUCAACAAGGUGAAGAGGUUGGUAUUGCUGGAGUCAAAUUUUCCUAUGAUAGUAAUGAAUUUUUUCACGCCAAACGGGAAACCUAUGAAACUUUUAACAUCUUGACACUACUUUAUGCUGAUGAUCUUGUAGCUAUGUGUGAAACAGCAUCUGAUCUAGCAACAUUCAUUCGAACAUUUGAAAAAGUGACUCAAGAAUUUGGAUUGACAACGAGUGUUAAAACAACAUCUAUUAGGACUUUACAACAGUUUGAGGAAAAUCAAAAUCGAAAGAUUUUAAAACAGAACGAAAUGAUCUUUCCUGAUAUUGACAUUACAAUUCGUAACCAAAAGAUAGAAAUUGCUGAGUCUUUUACGUAUUUAGGUUGCAACAUCACUAGAGAUCAGAAGCCAGAUAGCGAAAUUAACACAAGAUUAACCAAAGCUGCCAUUGCAUUUAAUAUGUGA